UGCUUCGAUUGGAUCGAAGUCUCUUCGGGAGUGUCUCGAUACCAGGAUGCCUCCUCUUUCUCCGUCGUCUCUCCUCCCUUCUCUCUCUCUCCCCUCCCCUUUCUCUCUCUAAUCCCCCAUGGAUCUCCUCCAAAAUUCUUCAUCUGAUCCACCAAAUCUCUCUUAUUCGCUUUUCUUACUCGACGUCGAUCUCGACCGUUGGAUUGCCCCCGUCGAUCGUUGAAUAGCUUUCUAGGCAUAUUCUAUUUUUUAUUUAUUUGUUACAUAAAAGUUUUUUGUUAGGGUUUGAAUUGGUAGAUAGGAUUCGUCUUUUGCGUUGAUUUCGAUUUCGACUCCUUUUUUUAUGAUGGAGCCUCGCGUCGGUAAUAAGUUCCGGCUUGGCCGGAAGAUCGGUAGCGGCUCGUUUGGAGAGAUCUAUCUCGGUACUAAUAUCCAGACGAAUGAAGAAGUUGCUAUUAAGCUCGAAAACGUCAAGACAAAGCAUCCUCAGUUGUUGUACGAGUCAAAGUUGUAUAAAAUACUACAGGGAGGAACUGGGAUUCCAAAUGUGAGAUGGUUUGGGGUUGAAGGAGACUAUAAUGUCCUUGUGAUGGAUUUACUGGGGCCUAGUCUUGAAGACUUAUUUAACUUUUGCAGUAGGAAGCUGUCCUUAAAGACUGUUCUCAUGCUUGCAGAUCAGAUGAUCAAUCGGGUUGAGUUUUUUCAUUGCAAGUCAUUCCUGCAUCGAGAUAUUAAGCCAGACAAUUUCCUUAUGGGUUUAGGGCGGCGUGCAAAUCAGGUUUAUGUAAUUGAUUUUGGUCUGGCUAAGAAGUUCAGAGACUCCACAACUCAUCAGCACAUACCUUAUAGAGAAAAUAAGAAUUUGACGGGUACUGCAAGAUAUGCGAGCAUGAACACUCACCUUGGCAUUGAACAAAGCAGGAGGGACGAUUUAGAAUCACUUGGAUAUGUCCUUAUGUAUUUCUUAAGGGGAAGUCUCCCUUGGCAGGGACUGAAAGCAGGCACAAAGAAACAGAAGUAUGAGAGAAUCAGUGAAAAGAAAGUUUCUACCUCCAUUGAGGUCUUGUGUCGGGGUUAUCCUACAGAAUUCGCCUCAUACUUCCACUAUUGUCGUUCACUGAGGUUUGACGAUAAACCGGACUAUGCUUAUCUGAAGAGAAUCUUUCGUGAUCUUUUCAUUCGUGAAGGCUUCCAGUUUGAUUAUGUGUUUGACUGGACUAUUUUGAAAUAUCAGCAAUCGCAGCUUGCCAAUCCUCCUUCUCGUGCUCUUGCUGCUGGGACCAGCUCUGGGAUGCCUCACGCAGUCGCCAACAUUGAUAGACAAUCAGGUGGCGAGGAUGGUAGGGUUGGUGGUUGGACUUCAGCAAUUCCCUCUCGUGGUAGGAACACUGGACUACCUGCAGAUGUUGGAGGCUUGUAUAAACAAAAAAGUCCAGUUGCAAAUGAUUCACAGACAAUCAAAGACCCUAUGUUAUCCAAUUCUAACUUUUUGCGGUCGAGUGGAUCUUCAAGGCGACCAGCUGUUUCCAGUAUUCGUGACCCAGUGAUAACUGGAAGUGAUUCUGACCUCUCCCGCGUCCGCACUGCAGAUGUGAGCCCACAAGCGCUACAGAAAAUCUCCAGUGCAGCACAAAGAAGCUCAGUUCUAUCAUCUGAUCCCAAGCACAAUGCUUCUGGUAGAAUCACCUCUAACAUAAAGAACUUGGAGUCAGCUCUCAAGGGUAUUGAAGGCCUGCAUUUUAAUGGCGACGAGAGGACCCAUUAUUAGCUGCUGAUUUGCGGACGCUCCUCUUUCUCUAUGGUGUAAAUGUUGAAAUAUUUUUGCUUUGUCAUGCAAUUGAGUGGAAUGUAUUGUGUAUUUUAGGAUGUGUAUUUUAGGAAAAGCUGCCGAGCUGAAAUUUACAGUAGCCUAAGCCAAGUUGAGAGCAACCAAAACAUAACUGUAAUUAGGCCAUUCCUGUGAAUUUACUUGCUGGCUUAUUUUGGUUACUGAAGGACCCUUGGCCCAUGAUUACUACAUAUGGUCGAAGUUUACGAGC